CUGGCACUAUGGACGCACCACCCAUCACUUCUGGGGAGCUGCUGUGUCUGGGCUCCAGCCUUGCCUUCUCCGGACUCUUCUACUACCUGUACAGGAAGAAAGCCAGCGUCGUGGCACGCAUACAGGAGGCCCCAAAGCUCCAGGUUGACGAUGAUUUACCAGCACUGGUGUCUGCGGCUGAUGGGAGAUGCCUGCCUUACGUCGCCCUGGAAGGCAUAGUGCUGCCAGCCAAGGCUGCGCUGACCAGCCAUUACCAUGAGGGGCUGCAGGGCGUGAUCCAGAAACUGCUUCUGAAAGAGCAUCGGCUGAUCUGGAACAGCUUGGCCCGGAGCUGGAGCGAGAGUGAGCGGGUGCUCUCAGAGCAGGUCUACACCGUCCCCUUCUUGCUGGCCUCACCAGACACCGAGGCGGUGACGCAGGUGAGCGUGGAGAGCCCGCUCCGAGCCAUCUGUCUGCCGCUGGAGACUGUGUACGAGCGGUUCCAGCAGCCGGCCCAUGGCUUCCGCGACCUGUUGGGCCAGUACUUGAGCGGGGAGAAGCCCAAGGGCAUCCUGGAGACAGAGGAGAUGCUGCGGGUGGGGGCCGGGCUGACGGGCAUCGGGGAGCUGGCCCUGCACCCUGAUGGCUCCCUGCACCUCCAGCCGCCGGCCCAUGGGGGCAAGUAUUUCCUGUGCCUUGGGGACUGGCAGACAGUGCUGGCAGAGCUGGAGUCAGCUAGUGGGCUCUGGAAGGGGGUGGCCAUGCUGUGCGCUGCUGCAGGCCUGGCUGUCCUUUUGCACGCCCUGUGCCGUGCCUACCGCCGCGCCCGCCUCAAGCAGCAGCGUGAGGACAAGGAACUGGAUGGUGAUGAGGCCGGGGACGGGGGGCCCGAGGACUCCUGCGUGAUCUGCCUGACACGGCCCCGCGAGUGUGUCCUCUUGGGCUGCGGCCACAUCUGCUGCUGCUUCCGCUGCUUCCAGGCUUUGCCUGCCCGCCUUUGCCCCAUCUGCCGGGGGCCCAUUGACCGUGUAGUGCCCCUCUACCAGGCCUGAGAGAACUUUGGGGGGGGGGUGUGACCAGUGAGGGGCAGUGUGAACCAAGCCAAGCCUGGAGCCUGCAGAAAUCUCAGCUCAGCUGUCCCCUUGCAUGCAGCUGAGUGAUUCCUGUUGGGAGAGAAGGGUCCUGGCAUGCUCCCUCGUCUGUUUUUUUGUGUAGGGGGGGAGUUAGAGCCGUCUCGUCCUCCCUUUGUCUGCCAGAGGGAUCCCCCACCCUGAACAUGAAGGCUUGGGGGAAAACUUAGUGCCUGAGCUGAGGAGCCAAGUCCCCUGCCCCACGCUGGGGCAGUCCUCUGGCUGCCGGCUAUUUUACUCGUGCCCCUUUCCCAGCCCUGACCCCCCGCCAAAGCCACGUGGGACUUUUCCCUUGUUCGGCUUUUCCAGCGCAUGGCUUUGUGGGGAGGAUGGCAGGGGCAGACCAGGGCUGCUGGGACACAGAGGAGUGACAGAGACCUCCCCCAAGCCACCGCAGUGGCAUACCUUGGUGGCAUCGUUGUCCUCCCCCCUGCAGUCCAUGUGCCUACAGCCACUGCCUAGACCGUGCGGGGGCACCUGGGGGCUGGCGGGCAUGAAAUAUGCCUCUUCGCUAGCUGCUCUGCCACCUGGGGAGGGGGAUGGUGUCCCUCCGUCCCUCUCCACAGGGUCCCUGCUCUCCUGGAGUGGGAGGGGAGCCCUGGGGCGCCUCGGAGCCUGCCUGUGCCUCUGGCCCCCGCUGCACCCAGCUUUCCUGCCUGCCUCCCAGCCAGGAGCAGCUUGUGGUGGUGUGUGGAGUGAUAAA